AUGCUCGUGUCCUUAGAGUUACUCACGGCCUUUUUGGCUUGCUUCUCCAUUGGAUGUGCCGCCCAGAUCCCUCCGGAUACCCCUCUCUCUGAACUACUCGCUUCCGCAAAAGCCCACCUUGCGCAAGGCUCCCCCCGAGACGCUGUGACAUAUUUCGACGCCGCAGUAUCGCGCGAUCCAACCAACUAUAUUACUAUCUUCCAGCGUGGCGCAGCUUACCUGUCCAUUGGCAAGAACUCGCAGGCAUCAAGCGACUUUGAUCGAGUCCUCGAGCUGAAGCCGGAUUUCGAGGGCGCACUUCUACAGCGAUCUCGUCUAAAGGCCCGUUCUGCUCACUGGGAAGAGGCCUUGCAGGAUCUUGAACGGGCAGGGAAAAAGUCUACCGAUGAUUACAAGGAUAUAGAGGCUGCGCGGGAUGCAGCCGCUCUGGCACUCGAUGCCGAGAAGCACAAUAAUUGGGAGACUUGUGUCUCGGAGGCAAAUGUGGCCAUUCUCAAGGCGAACACUGCGCUUCCACUGCGGCAGGCUCGAGCUCAUUGCCACUUUGAAAGAGGCGAAACAGAGGAAGGACUGAGCGAUUUAGCGCAUGUCCUUCAGAUGUCUCCGGGCUUAGUCGAGCCCCAUUUGCAGAUGUCUUCUAUGUUGUUCUAUUCCCUCGGCGACAGCGAUCGUGGUCUUGCCCAAAUUCGUAAAUGCCUUCAUGCCGAUCCCGAUUCAAAACCAUGCAAUCGGCUCUAUCGAAGCGAGCGGAAGCUUGCCAAGCGCUUGGAUAAAUUACACGCUGCUCUGGAAGCGCGCAAAUUCAGCAAUGCGGCGAGUCUGUUGGUCGGUGAUAGUGAGUCGACCGGUCUGAUCACAGACAUCAAGGAAGACGUCGACGGAGCACGACAGGCCGGCCAUAUUCACCACUUGGCGCCCAACAAUCUUUACGCAACUCUGGUCGAAAGGACCUGUGAGUCUUAUCGCGAGAUGCGGAUGAUCAAAAAGGCCGGCCCUUAUUGUGCAGAGGCCCUUCAGCUUGUCCCCAACUCUCUCGCCGGUCUUCUGUAUCAAGCUCAAACCGCUAUCGAUGAGGAUCGAUUUGAGGAUGCUAUUCGGACGCUUGACUCGGUCAAGGAACACCAUCCGGGCUCACAGGAGGCGCAGUCUCUUCACCAGAAGGCCCAGACCCUCCUUAAGCGUUCCAAACAAAAGGACUACUACAAGGUCUUGGGUGUGAGCCGCGAUGCGGAUGACCGCACUAUCAAGCGGGCUUACCGUCAGCUCAUCAAAUUGCAUCAUCCGGAUAAAGCUCAUUCUCAGGGUGUGAGCAAGGAGCAGGCCGAAAAGAAGAUGGCGUCGAUCAACGAGGCUUACGAGGUUCUGUCUGAUUCUGAGCUCCGGACUCGGUUCGACAACGGUGACGAUCCCAACGAUUCUGAAUCACAGCAACGCGGCAAUCCAUUCCAGGGAAGUCCUUUCGGCCAUGGUCAGCAGCAGUUCUUCUUCCAGCAGGGCGGUUCACCGUUCCAGGGAGGGUUCAAAUUCCCUGGUGGAUUCCGAUAG